AUGGCGGGCGGCGGGCCGAGCAUCGGCAGCUACUCGCCCCUCACGGGCUUCGUCUUCAUCUUCAACCUCAUCGUAGGCGCCGGCGCGCUCACGAUCCCGCACGCCUUCGCCAAUGUGGGACUCAUCUACGGCUCCGUUGCGCUGUCCACCCUGGCCUCAGUCAGCUACGUGACGGCCACCUUCAUGAUCGAGGCCAUCGCGGGCGUCAACGCGCUCAAGCGGCGCGCGCGGGAGCUCGGGCUGCACGCCAGCAACGGGGACGAGAAGCGGCCAAUGGACGAGCUCAGCGACAGCGACGACGGCGACGGCGACGCGCACACGGAGUUUGUGCCGCUAAUGGUCGCAAACGAAAUGGAGCUGGCUGAGAUGGCAGAGCUGCUCUUCAACCACCGAGGAAUCGUGGCGUUCUACGCGUGCAUCACCGUGUACCUUUACGGUGACUUGGCUAUCUACGCUGUCGCUGUGCCCAAGUCGCUGCGUGAGAUCAUCUGCCCGCGUCCUUCUGCCGACGCAAUUGUGUGGGAGUGCUCUGACAAGUUCAACAGCUCGGACUUGUACCGCCUGUUCGUGGUGCUCUUUGGCCUGCUCCUCGGGCCGUUCACGUUUGGCCACGUCCACAAGACGCGGACACUUCAGCUCGUUUCAACUGUAAUCCGCCACGCGUCUUUUGGACUGAUGAUCGUGCUGGCCAUCAUCGGCAUCGCCCGAGGCCACGGACGAAGCGUGGCGGACGUCGUCAGCUACGAGAAGCCCGCCAACGUCGCGACGUUUUUCGGCGUGUGCAUCUAUUCCUUCAUGUGCCACCACAGUGUUCCUGGUCUCGUGGCGCCCAUUACGGACAAAUCUAAAGUUGGCGUUGUCCUCGCCUCGGCCUUUAUGGAUGUGUACACCCUAAACUUCAAGGAUUACCCGGUGCACGCGUUUGGAUACUUUUUGAGUUUGUUCCCAGUAUUCACGCUGAGUGCGAGCUUCCCGCUUAUCUGCAUCACUCUCCGCGAGAACAUCCGCCACUUGGCGUCCAGUAUGAUCGAAUCGACACCAACGAGCGACGCGACCCCUUCAACGGGGCUGUACGGCUUUCUGGAAAGCAACAUGUACGCGCUCGUGGCGCUUCUACCGCCGCUCGUGGUGGCGUUCUUUACCGAGGAUGUGUCCAUGCUGGUGGGCUUCACGGGUGCGUACGCCGGUUUGGGCAUCCAGUGGAUCGUCCCUACGUUCCUGGUCUUCUGCCUGCGUCGUCGGCUAGCGGCGGAGUGGAAGCAGAUGCACCCGAUGGAGGUGGCCGUGACGCGCCCGGGCACGCCGGCGGCGCGCGGCAACAAGAACCGCUUCGCGAGCCCGUUCGCGCACCAGGCGUGGCUGUACAUGGUGCUGGGCUUCUCGCUCGUCUCGGUGGUGUUGAUCACCAUCACGCACGGCAUGCACUGA